UGGACCGAGUUAGAGUUGAGGCGGCGGAGGAGUAGCGCGGAGUGCGUGUGACCGGGGGGAGGGGGAGACCCGAGCCUGUGAGCGGUGGGGAGCUGGGCUCCAGCCCAGUUUGGUGCAGCCUUGGCAGAGACCAGAAAGGAGAGGAGCUCCAUUGACAUUUCAACCAAGGGCAUUAAGUUAAUUGAUAUAAGAGGAAUAGACCCUACACUGGAGCACUUGGGAUCAACUUAUUAAGGUUACUUGCAGAAAUCCACAAAGACAUUUUUCCAGCCUUGAAUAAUCUUCUGUCAUAAAGUAUACAAAGAGUUGAUGGUAUCACACGUGCAAAUUCAGCUUAUCUGGAAUGGACAGAAGUUCUCUGGGAGGAUUAGAACUGUCUGAACAUACUUCUGGUUUACUAGGAACUACUGCCAUGGCAACUGGUCUUGCAAAAAUAGGAAAUUCUUUUGGAGGUCCGCCUAAUACUCUAGUUUCUAGAACUAAUAAGUUCCAAAACUCAUCUAUAGAAGAUGAUGAUGAUGUUGUUUUUAUUGAACCUAUACAACCUCCACAGACUUCUACAUCACUGAUAUCAGAUCAGAGAAACAUUGCAUUUAUUUCAUCAAAAAGCGACGAGCUUCAAGGAAAUGAUUCCAAAAUGCUUCCUCCUUCAAAAGAUUUAAGUUCUCAAAAGGGAAGUAUAAGCGAGACUAUUAUUAUUGAUGAUGAAGAAGAUAUUGAAACAGAUCAAGGACAAGAGAAGAAUGCUUCCAGUUUUAAUGAACGAAGACUUCCAGAGUGUAAAAAUAGAUCCAGCGAUAUGGAAUUCUCAGCUUCCAGUUUUUCAAGAAGUAAGACCAAGACUGGUGUAGGACCUUUCAAUCCUGGUAGAAUGAAUGUGGCUGGAGAUGUGUUUCAAAAUGGAGAAUCUGUGACUCAUCACAGUCCUGAUUCCUGGAUAUCCCAGUCAGCUUCAUUCCCUAGAAAUCAGAAACAACCAGGUGUGGAUUCCUUGUCACCAGUGGCCUCACUUCCUAAACAGAUUUUUCAGCCGUCUGCACAACAACAACCUUCUAAACAGGUUAAAGUCACAUGUGCAAAUUGCAAAAAGCCCUUGCAGAAGGGACAGACUGCAUAUCAGCGCAAAGGAUCAGCUCACCUGUUUUGUUCCACUGCCUGCCUCUCAUCAUUCUCGCAUAAACCUGCUCCAAAGAAACUCUGUGUUAUGUGCAAAAAAGAUAUAACAACAAUGAAAGGCACCAUUGUUGCUCAAGUUGAUUCCAGUGAGUCUUUCCAGGAGUUUUGCAGUACAUCAUGUUUGUCCUUCUAUGAAGACAAGCAUAAUCCCUCAAAAGGAAUCUUGAAUAAGUCAAGAUGCACUAUCUGUGGUAAACUAACUGAGAUUCGCCAUGAAGUUAGCUUUAAGAACAUGACUCAUAAGCUGUGUAGUGACCACUGCUUCAAUAGAUACAGAAUGGCGAAAGGUUUAAUAAUGAAUUGCUGUGAGCAUUGUGGGGAGUACUUGCCCAGUAAAGGAGCUGGAAACAAUGUCCUUACGAUUGAUGGUCAGCAGAAAAGAUUCUGCUGCCAAAACUGCGUUGGUGAAUAUAAACAGAAAUAUGGCAAAUUAACAACUUGUACUGGUUGCAGAGCUCAGUGCAGGUUUUUUGAAAUGACUCAGUGCAUAGGACCUAAUGGAUAUAUGGAGCCAUACUGCUCAACUGCAUGCAUGAACACACACAAAUCAAAAUAUGCAAAAUCACAAAGUAUGGGAAUUAUUUGCCACUUUUGUAAACGAAACUCUUUACCUCAAUAUCAAGCCACAAUGCCUGAUGGAAAACUGUACAACUUUUGCAGUUCCAGUUGUGUAGCUAAAUUUCAGACUCUUAGUGUGCAGUCUUCAACCAAUGGUCAGUUUGUGUCUCCAAGUGACAUUCAGCUGAAAUGCAAUUAUUGCAAAAGUUCUUUUUGUUCAAAACCAGAAGUACUGGAGUGGGAGAACAAAGUAUACCAGUUCUGCAGCAGAACUUGUUCUGAUGAUUAUAAGAAACUGCACUGCAUAGUUACAUACUGUGAAUACUGCCAAGAGGAGAAAACACUGCAUGAAAUGGUGAAUUUCUCUGGUAUCAAAAGACCAUUCUGUAGUGAAGGAUGCAAGCUGCUAUAUAAACAAGAUUUUGCAAGACGGUUAGGAUUGAGAUGUGUUACUUGUAAUUACUGCUCACAACUCUGUAAAAAGGGAGCUACUAAGGAACUUGAUGGUGUAAUAAGAGAUUUCUGCAGUGAAGAGUGCUGUAAAAAAUUUCAAGACUGGUACUUCAAGGCUGCCAGGUGUGACUGUUGUAAGUCUCAAGGAACUCUCAAAGAGAAAGUACAGUGGCGUGGAGAAAUGAAACAUUUCUGUGAUCAGCACUGCUUACUGCGUUUCUACUGUCAACAAAAUGAACCUAAUAUGGCAACACAAAAAGGACCUGAAAAUUUGCAUUAUGAUCAGGGUUGUCAAAUUUCCCGAACAAAAAUGACAGGUUCAGUGCCACCCCCUUCUCCAACACUUAACAAAGAGAUGAAGAACAAGGCAAUUCUUUGCAAACCUUUGACAAUGACAAAAGCUACAUACUGUAAACCUCACAUGCAGACAAAAUGUUGUCAGACAGAAGAUGAUUGGAAGAAAGAAUAUGUCCCAGUGCCUGUUCCUGUACCUGUUUAUGUUCCGGUGCCUAUGCACAUGUAUAGUCAAAAUGUUCCUGUUCCGACAGUGGUUCCCGUUCCAGUGCCAGUUCCAGUUUUUCUGCCCACCACUCUGGAUAGCAAUGAGAAGAUCCUUGCAGCAAUAGAAGAGCUGAGGGGUAAAGUUCCUUCAAAUCCUCUGGAGGCUGAGCUACUGACUAUAGCUGAGAUGAUGCCUGAAGAUGAUGGAAAAACAGAGACUAUGGAUCUGAACAGUGUAAUAAUUGAAACAGACUUGCUAAACUCUGAUACAGAGAUGCAGACAAGCUUGCCUGAUAUUCCGUAUGAACCAGAUCUCGAUAUUGAAAUUGAUUUUCCAAGAGCGGCUGAGGAGCUUGAUACAGAAAAUGAAUUUUUGCUGCCUCCUGUCUUUGGGGAAGAAUAUGAGGAACAGCCAAGACCUCGAUCCAAAAAGAAGGGAGUGAAGAGAAAAGCAGUGUCAGAAUACCAGUCUCAUGAUGAUAGCUCUGAGAAUUCAGAGUGUAGUUUUCCUUUCAAAUAUGCAUAUGGUGUAAAUGCGUGGAAACACUGGGUAAAAACUAGGAGUCUAGAUGAAGAUCUGCCAGUAUUAGAGGAACUGAAAUCAACAAAAUCUGUGAAAUUAAAGGAAGAUCUGCUAUCGCAUACUGUAGCUGAGCUAAACUAUGGCUUGUCACGUUUUGUCAAUGAAAUUCGAAGACCGAAUGGAGAGAACUAUACACCUGACAGCAUCUAUUAUCUGUGUCUUGGGAUUCAGGAGUAUUUGUAUGGAAGCAAUCGAAAAGACAAUAUAUUUAUUAAUCCAAGCUACGAGACAUUUGAGCAGGAAUUAAAUAAAAUCCUUAAAAGUUGGCAACCAAGCAUACUUCCUGAUGGGUCAAUAUUCUCUCGAGUUGAAGAAGAUUAUCUUUGGAGGAUAAAACAGCUAGGAUCACACUCUCCAUUUGCUCUUCUGAAUACACUGUUCUACUUUAACACUAAGUAUUUUGGCCUGAAAACAGUGGAGCAGCACUUAAGACUUUCCUUUGGCACCGUUUUUAGACAGUGGAAAAAAAAUCCUCGAACAAUGGACAGCAAAGCUUGUCUUCGAUAUCAAGUUUCUUCCCUAUGUGGCGCAGAUAGUGAAGAUAAAAUUACUACUGGAAAAAGGAAACAUGAAGAUGAUGAGCCAGUGUUUGAACAAAUUGAAAACACAUCAAAUCCUGCUAGAUGUCCCGUGAAAAUGUUUGAGUGCUAUCUAUCUAAGAGCCCACAGAAUCUUAAUCAGAGAAUGGAUGUGUUCUAUUUACAACCGGAAUGCUCUGUUUCCUCAGAUAGCCCUGUCUGGUACACUUCCACUUCACUGGACCGCAACACUUUGGAACACAUGCUCGUACGGGUUCUUUUAGUAAAAGAUAUUUAUGAUAAAGACAAUUAUGAACUGGAUGAAGAUAUAGAUUAAAACAAACUUCCAAAAGCUGUCAGGAAAAACAAAACAGCAUUAGAUAGUCAUGCUGCUAGACCUUUAUUAUGGAAACCAUUUCAAGUUUACUCUUCGUUUUAUGAGUUUUGUAGCAGUGUACCCUGACCUGGGUAUUACCAUGUAAAUAAUCCGUGAGUGAAAGUUGCCAUUAUCCUCUUACGUAGUGGUUUUAGGAUACUUAACAAACACAUUCAAAUUCUUUUUUUUAUUAUUAUUUAUUUGAUUAGGUAUGUUUGUAACUUUUUACAUUGCGAAAUAUGAAUGAGAAUGUGCCAUGUGUAAUUUUUUUUCUUGUAGUAAGAAACAUCCAUAUUGCACAACUCUACUGUUGCAAGCUUCCUUGAAAGGAGGCUCUUUUACUGGGUUCUUCAACCAGAUGGUUGUGUAUGGGUAGCACUACUAAAGUUUAGAACUUGCUGUGUCUUUCAGAAUUUUUAAAUAAAUUGUAAACUAAUAGGUUUUUUACUUUUUAGUUACUGAAGCCUUAUAAGGUUAUGUAGAGAGAUUCCAUCUUAUGUACCAAAAAUAGACAAAAGAGAAUGCUGUCAAUAUUGGUGUACUGUAAUGUGAAUCUAUACUGGUGAAAACAACUUUUUUGUUGCCCUUAUUAAAACCUUAGUGUCCUUUCCUUAUUUGUGACUCUCUGAAUUGCCCCUUCAAAUAAAAUAUAUAUUCAAAA